GCGUUUGCGGCUUUUUACUUGAAAGUUAAUAAUAUUUUGGUGUGAAGGAUAUACAAUAAUAACUAAUGUGUAGACUAAAAGUUUUAUAAAUGAAGAUGAACGCUACAAGUCUGUAUGUUUCUACGUGUCGUUUAAUUAUCUUAGCGGACCCAGCGGAUAAGAGUUCGUGGACCGAUUUGUUUCGUUUAGUUCCUUAUUUACGACAAUCGUUGUCUUGUACUGUCUGCGGUAAUUUAUUAAAAGAACCGUAUACGCCUACAAAUUCAAGUUGUCAGCAUCACGUUUGUAAGAAUUGUAAAGGCGGGAGAAAAAAAUUAAAACCCUCCUGCAGUUGGUGUAAGGAUUACGAUAGUUAUUCCGAAAACUUACAACUACGAAUACUAUUACAAUGUUAUAAAAAGCUUUGUGAAUAUUUUAUUGGCACCGAUACAUUCAAGACUUUAUUAGAAGAAGACGAAAUAGCGGCAGGUAUUAAUGGUGGGACUGUAGCUAGCUCAGGUUUGAUAGAUUUAAUUCAAGAAGCUGCCAGAUUUAAUGAUGAUUUUAAAUGUAAUGCAGGACUUUCUAAAUCUGCCUACAGCAUAUUACCAUGUGUUUAUACAAACUCCACAUCAACACAAACUCAGGUAGCAUCGUCAAGUGGUAUGGAAACAAGAUCGUCAAAUAAAGGGUCACCAAAUACAAAAGGUCUAUCAAAUGGAUCUCCGCUUUAUUCAGUAAUGUACGCUGGUUCUGGUAAUAAGAUUACCAUUAAGAGAAAAGCAGUGGAAGAAGCAGAAGUAUCACAAAGUGAACCAAGCCCACGAGAAAGCAAGUCAAAUCAAUUAGGUUUUAAGAAGCCAUCGAACAGGUCUCGCAACUCUUCAAGUAGUAAGCGUAAAGGCUGUCGGUGCGGCAAUGCGACGGCCACACCAGGAAAGCUUACGUGUUGCGGGCAGCGGUGUCCGUGCUAUGUCGAAAGUAAACCUUGUACAGAAUGUAAAUGUAAAGGUUGUAGAAACCCUCAUAGGCCUGAUGGCAUGAAGGUUCGUCCUCAUAUACCUCAAUUAGAUAGCAUCCAAAUAACGUUAAAUACAAACCCCGAUAGUUCCCCGUCGUGUUCUGGGUCCAUGGAUAGCUUGGACACAGAUACACUCACUAUGGAAGCUAUGGAGGAGUCUCUCAGCUUCACUGCCGACUAUAAGUCUUCUGAUAUUAAAGUAUACACAAGUCAACUCCAAGAAGUGUCACCGUCCUUGCCAGCAACGAUAUUAAUGGACGACGAGUUACCGGCGUCACCAGAGGACGAACUAAGUUCGCCCUGCGACUACACUCAGUGUUCGCCCCGAGGGACGAACGACACAGAAACAUCCCCCCAUUCUGCCACACAAGACAUAAGCGAUAUUGAAGUUGAUGUAUGACAACAGCUUUCUCUAGCCGGGGACUAGACUGCACAAUGUGAACUAAGUGAAAUAAUAACAGUGGUGUUGCUAGUCACAUUUGCGAAAUGAAUUUUAGUACGCGUUUAGUUAAUUAUUUGUUAAGCCUCUCCUAUGUAAGUAAUGAAUUCUGUUAGUUUUAGCCGUUGUAUCAUAAUUUGGGAUCAUCGAACUACAGUUAAUUGAAUGUAGUUUAGUUAUUAUAAAUGUGUUAUUUUAAUCACAAAACGCACGGUAUGUUUAAUCAUGAAUUGUAUAUUUGAUAUUUUAUUAAAUAUUGACAUUAAUUCAUUCAUACAAAAAUAGUAUGAUUUUUUUAAUGAUAUCCUAAUAUUGAAAAAAAUGAUUGAUUUUAGAUUUAUAUCAAUUUUAAGUACUAAUUUAAUAGAUGAACUAAACAUAUAACAUGUUGUAUGGUAAACAUUAACAUUUUAAUAAAUUAAUAAUCAGAUCUAUAAACUAAUUAAUAUUCAACAAUUAAAUAUUGAUUAGUUAAUAGUUCUAUGUCAAUAUAUGUUACACAUACACACAGCAUUAAUUUAUUGUCUAAAAUUAAUGUUUAUAAUGACUUUCUUAUAAAACUUGCAAUACAUUUGACUAGCGAAAUUUCAAAUUGUCGAUAUUAGAAAUUAGAAUCUAAUAUGCAAUAGUAGGAAUAGUUGAAAUUGCUAGUUACUGAUAACAAUAUUCCGUCAGAUUACAAUCUAGUGUGCGGUUAAUCUAUUGAGCAUAAAAUAUUAACAAAGAAAAGUGCCAGGAACUUCGGUGACCAUUUAUUGUGGGCAAUAAUUUUAGAAUUAAGUCAUAAUCUGUGGUAAAGUUAAAUGACGGUUCAUAGUUUACCUGGUGGUAACCUUUAGGUAUGGAACUCAAACAAACACAUACUCUGCUAUUUUAUGAAAGAAAACAAAGAAAGAAACCAUUUAUUUUAUGUAUUACUAGUGGUCCGCCCCGGCUUCGCCCGUGGUACAUAUUUCACAAUAAAAGGUAGCCUAU